UCUUGCUGCUGGCCGGCAUUGGCCUGGUUAGGGCUGCUCCCUCCCCCGUGCAACUCAGUCCGCGCGCUGUCUGCACCCCGGCGUAAUGCAUGACCCACCCGGGCAAUGCGAAGUUGAUCGAUAUCACGGUGACCGGGUUCCGCGGCACCACAGCAACAAGUAUGCUUCUACCACGGCCAAUCUGAACUGUGGAUCGGGCGGCACUUGCGAUGUGACCAUCAGCGACUGGAGCGUCAAGGCUCCCUCGGGCAAGUCGCAGGUGCUGUAUGCCCACACCCCGUCAAGAUUGGGGGUCACUUGCACGUCGGGUGCUUCGGGCUGAGUUUAGGACGGAGGUCGGUUGGAGAUGG